GCAUGCGUUUGACCUGUAGGAGUGUAACCUUUUGGAUUGCGGGUGGAGGAAAAAAAAAAUUCAUUGUGCUUGUUUGCCUGUGGAAACAAUUCUGUAAUGUCCCAGAUGCUGCCUGUGGAUGAGCCCCUCUGAUGGUAUUUGGCAAGCAGGGAGUAGGAAACUCUGAAGACGCAGCCCGGGCAAUAGAAACAUGAAUCUCUUACCUAAAAGCACCAGGGAGUUUGGCUCUGUUGACUAUUGGGAGAAAUUCUUCCAGUUACGAGGAAAGAAAGCUUUCGAGUGGUAUGGGACCUACUUGGAACUGUGCGGGGUCCUGCACAAAUAUAUCAAGCCCAGAGAGAAGGUGCUAGUGAUUGGGUGCGGCAACUCGGAACUGAGUGAGCAGCUGUAUGAUGUGGGCUAUCAGGACAUAGUGAACAUUGACAUCAGUGAGGUUGUCAUCAAACAGAUGAAGGAACACAAUGCCAGCAAACGGCCCCGGAUGAGCUUCUUGAAGAUGGACAUGAUGCAGAUGGAGUUUCCUGAUGCCUCAUUCCAGGUUGUAUUGGACAAAGGCACUCUGGACGCUGUCCUGACUGACGAGGAGGAAAAGACUCUGCAACAGGUGGACAGGAUGCUGGCUGAGGUUGGCCGUGUCCUGCAGGUGGGCGGGCGCUACCUCUGCAUUUCCCUGGCACAGGCUCACGUCCUGAAGAAAGCAGUGGGUCACUUCUCUCAGGAGGGUUGGAUGGUGAGGGUGCAUCAGGUGUCCAGCAGCCAGGAGCAGGUGAUUGAAGGAGAGCAUCGGUUUUCCCUACCCGUCUUUGCCUUCAUCAUGACCAAAUUCAGACCAGUUCCUGGCUCCGCUCUGCAGAUCUUUGAGCUCUGUGCUCAGGAGCAGGGCAAGCCUAUGCGGCUGGAGAGUGCUGAGCGGCUGGCUGAGGCGGUGCUGGAACGGCAGCAGUACGCCUGGCUGUGCAGCCAGCUCCGCCGCAAAGCUGGCCUGGGGAGUGUGUCCCUGGACUUGUGUGAUGGGGACACGGGGGAGCCACGCUACACCCUGCACGUGGUGGACAGCCCCACUGUGAAACCAUCGAGGGACAAUCAUUUUGCCAUUUUCAUCAUUCCCCAGGGCAGGGAGACUGAGUGGCUCUUCGGCAUGGAGGAGGGCCGGAAACAGCUGGCAGCCAGCGCGGGUUUCAGGAGGCUGGUCACAGUGGCCCUCCACCGAGGUCAGCAGUAUGAAGGCAUGGACAGCAUCCAGGCUGAGCUGUCGGCCAGAGUCAUGGAGCUCGCUCCAGCAGGGAUGCCUGUCCAGCAGAAGGUGCCCUUUCUCUCUGUGGGUGGAGACAUUGGCAUCCGAACUGUUCAGCACCAAGCCUGCAGUCCCAUGAGUGGUGAAUACGUCAUUGAGGACGUGCAGGGAGACGACAAGCACUUCUUUCGGCGAUUGAUCUUCCUCAGCAACAGGAAUGUGGUGCAGUCGGAAGCCAGGUUGCUGAAGGAUGUGUCUCACAGAGCCCAGAAGAAACGCAAAAAGGAUAGGAAGAAGCGGCCUGCUGAUACUCCAGAGCUCCUCUCUGCGGCCCCGCGGCAGGCCAUUGAUAAGAGUUACCUGUGCUGUGAGCAUCACAAAGCCAUGAUCGCAGGCCUUGCCCUCCUGCGAAACUCGGAGCUGCUCAUAGAAUCCCCACUGACACUGCUGGUGGUAGGCCUUGGUGGGGGCAGUCUCCCCCUCUUUGUCCAUGAUCACUUCCCAAAGUCCCACGUCGAUGCUGUGGAGAUUGACUCAUCCAUGUUGGAAGUGGCCACUCAGUGGUUCGGCUUCUCCCAGAGUGACCGUAUGCAGGUCCACAUUGCGGAUGGCCUGGACUAUGUCACCACCCUAGCACAAGGAGGAGAAGCACGGCCUCACUACGAUGUCAUAAUGUUUGAUGUGGACAGUAAAGACCCAACACUGGGAAUGAGCUGUCCUCCCCCUGCGUUUGUGGACCAUGCUUUCCUGCAGAAGGUCAAAAACAUCUUGGCUUCUGAAGGUGUCUUUAUCCUCAACCUUGUGUGCCGAGACUUGGGGCUAAAGAACUCUGUGCUAGCUGGGCUCAAGGCGGUAUUCCCCCUCCUAUAUGUUCGGCGAAUUGAAGGUGAAGUCAAUGAGAUCCUGUUCUGUCAGCUGCACCCCGAGCGGAAGCUUGCCACACAGGAUCUUCUGGAAAUGGCGCAAGCCUUGGAGCAAACCCUGAGGAGGCCUGGGAGUGGUUGGGAUGACACCUAUGUCCUCUCAGAGAUGCUCAGAACUGUGAAGAUUGUGUAACUGCAGAAGCUAGAUAGCCUCUCUGCCUCCUGCCAGACUGCUCUUGGACUCUGUCGGCCAGAAGUUGAAGAAAUAGACUGCAAAUACUUUUUAAGCCUUAUAUUUUUCUUGGUUUUUAUACUCAGCUACAUGUGACCUCUAGCUCAAUGGGGUUGCCUGAAGAUCUGGGGAAAUAAAUAAGAAUCCUUCAC